CUUGCCCAACAGCCUUUGUUUCCUAGGCAAUGCAGUACACAAAGGCUGGCCCUCGUGGCACUCGCAUGAUGUGCUUCGGCAAAACAGAGACACUGGUUGACUACUCCUUUGGAACAUGUCAACAGAGGAAGCUCUUUCCUCACUUCUCUCCCCCCAGCUUGUUGGGAAACAAGUUUCUCCCUCUCAGGGGAGCACCCCACCUAGGGCCUGGAUGUUACCUAACAGAAGAUAGCUAUGGCUUGGCAUACAACCUCUCUAAGAUCCCGACCAGUAAAAAAGGAUAUACUUUUGGAGCCAGAACAGCCAUGAGGUUUGAGCCAAUCAGCAAGGGUACAACACCUUACCCAGGCAUGUACCAGACAGUCAGUCCUCAAGAGCAAACACACAAACGAAAUUUUGCUCCCUUUAAUUCUUUGUUGCCUCGAUUUAAGGCAGGCUCGAAGGACACUUAUCCUGGCCCUGGCACUUACAACCCAGAGGUAAAGACAUCCCAGAAAAUCAUCUGGCCAAUGAAAUUUGGACCUCCAGACUGGGCUCAAAUUCCAUGUCUACAGAAAAGAACCCUGAAAGCUGAGCUGCCCACAGACAAAGACUUUAGGAAGCAUCGGAACCGCGUGGCCUACCUAAGCUUGUAUUACAACUGAAAACCUGUGACUGCCUUCGCGUGCUCCUCCUGAGCACAGAACCUCCACCACUGAUGAGAGGCUCCUGUCUUUCUGCGUUGCUCUGGCCCUCUUGUCUGCCAGCAGGGGGCGCAGGGAGGGGCCAGGGCUCCUAACUAGCCCAUGACGCCAUAAAGACGAGU